GCACAGGGUAUAGCUAGGGCACAGCCCAGGAAAAGAAUCACAGAAUCAACUAGUACUAAUACAUUACUAGUACUAAUACUCAUGCAUGAUCGCCAUUGUCGCAUGCAUCCAUCCAUCAACCUCCAUCUCCAUCAUCGUUCACAGAGAAGACACACCAAGAGAGAGAAAGGAGGUAGUGUUGAGUGUAGUCUAGAGAGAGAGAUGGAUCCAAGGCUGCACAAGGCGGCGGUGCAGGGGAGCAGGAAGAUGCUGGAGGAGCUGAUGAAGAAGGACCCCAAGAUCCUCGGCUCCAGGACGCCGCAGGGGAACACGGCGCUCCACAUCGCCGCGGGCUUCGGCCACGCCGCCUUCGCGCGGGCGGCCCUCGCCGCGAGCGACGGCGAGCUCGCCGCCGCCACGAACGUCGACGGCGACACGCCGCUGCACGUGGCGGCCAGGGCAGGGCAGAUGGCCGUCGCCGAGCUGCUCAUCGAUGCCAUUGCUAAACCACCAUGCCCGCCGGAGGAGGGCCCCCUGGUGAUGGUGAACAAGGGGAGGAACACGCCGCUGCACGAGGCGGUGAGGCAGCGGCGGAGCACGGUGGCGCUCCGGCUGCUGGAGGCGGAGCCCAACUGCAGCCACAUGCCCAACAACGAGAUGCAGACGCCGCUGCACAUCGCCGCCCGCGAGGGCCUCGCCGACGUCGUCGACAAGAUCCUCGAGAAGCCAUGGGUCCCCGAGAAGUUCGUCAGCGCCGACAGCGUCAGUGGCACCUUCCUCCACCAGGCCGUCCUCGGCGGCCACACCCGGGUGGUGGAUAUAUUGCUGAGGAAGAAGGAGGCGGAUCUGAUCGACCUGACGGACGACGCCGGCAACACGGCGCUGCACUUCGCGGCGCAGAAGAACGACAAGAUGAUGGUGAGGAUGCUGCUGAAGCAAAGGGCGGAGCUGGCGCACCGGCGGAACGGCCGGCAGCAGUCGGCGCUGCACGUCGCGGCGUACUACGGGUCGACGGUGGCGGCGACGGAGCUGCUGCGGCACAGCCCCGACGCGGCGGAGAUGCUGGACAGGGACGGCCGGAACGCCUUCCACGUCGCGGUGCUGAGCGGCAAGGUGGACGCGCUCCGGUGCCUCCUGAAGCGCGUCCGCCCGGAGGAGGUGGUCAACAAGAGGGACAACGCCGGCGACACGCCGCUGCACCUCGCCGCGAAGAUGUCGCGCGUCAAGUCGGCGCUGAUGCUGCUCAAGGACGCCCGCGUCGACCCCUGCCUCCUCAACGGCGACGGCCACUCCGCGCGCAGCGUCGUCGAGGAGCGCGUCGCCGCCGGCGAGAUGGACGCCUACGUGGUCUACCUCUGGGAGAAGCUCAAGAAGUACGAGGCGCUCCGGUGCAAGAACCAGCAGCUGCCGCCGGUGGCGACGUACCAGUCGCUGCGCAGCCGCCGGCCGGGCUCCGGCAACGACGACUACUUCGAGCUCAGCGUCGGGACCUACACCCUCGUGGCCACCCUCAUCGCCACCGUCACCUUCGCCGCCACCUUCACCAUGCCCGGCGGCUACAACCAGACCACCGGCCUCGCCAUCCACGCCGACCGCGCGGCGUUCAAGAUCUUCGUCGUCUCCAACACCGUCGCCAUGUGCAGCUCCAUCGUCGUCGUCUUCUGCUUCAUCUGGGCGUGGAGGGACCCCGUCAAGUUCAAGCUCGACCAGCUCACGUGGGGCCACAGGCUCACCGUCGUCGCCUGCCUCGCCAUGAUCGUCUCCCUCAUGACCUCCGUCUACCUCACCCUCCUGCCCAACGACCGGUGGCCGGCGUACCUCGUCAUCGCCAUCGGCGCCUGCACUCCGGCCGUCGUUAUCCUCAUACUCGGCAAGGAGGUCUUCUACGUGCCAUUGUGACCAAAUUCUCACGAGCAAUUAAUUAUUCUCCGCAUAUUUGUGCACUUCUUUAUUAAUUUACUACUUUGUAAUUAACUAAUUGUAUCAUCAGCUGCUAAUUAAUUGCAGUUGAUAAUACUCUUUUUCUCCUUGAUAUGGGAGUAUUUUGCUUGCUGACU